GCACUGAAGAUGGCGACGGGGUUAGGAGGUGUGAAUGGAUGUCCCGAGCCAGAUAUUGGAGAUUCUAGGAAGAGGCCUUUGGAUUCUGAGCUUGAUAUUGGGGCAACGAAAAGGUCGCAUCACGGUGGAGGCAAUGGGACAUACCACUUCAAGAUACUGGUGCCUGCAGUGGCUGCAGGUGCCAUCAUUGGCAAAGGCGGCGAAACAAUUGCACUUCUUCAGAAAGAAGCAGGAGCCAGGGUGAAAAUGUCCAAGUCCAAUGACUUUUACCCAGGAACGACUGAGCGAGUCUGUCUUAUCACAGGAAGCGUAGAAGGUGUACUACGAAUUCACGAGUUUAUUAUGGAGAAAAUCAAGGAGAAACCUGACCCCAAUGCAAAGAUUGCCAUCGAUUUUGACCACAAACAACCCGCUGAACGUGAGAAGCAGGUGAAGAUCCUAGUUCCUAACAGCACAGCUGGAAUGAUCAUUGGCAAAGGGGGUAGCUACAUCAAGCAGAUCAAAGAAGAAAGCAGUGCUUACGUGCAAAUUUCGCAGAAGUCAAAGGACCAUGCUCUGGCUGAACGUUGCAUCACUGUGAUUGGUGAAUUGGACAACAACAAGAAGGCCUGCCAGCUGAUUCUGGCCCAGAUUGUGGAGGACCCACAGAGCGGCAGCUGCCUGCACGUGAGCUAUGCUGAAGUGACUGGCCCCGUGGCCAACUUCAACCCCACUGGCUCUCCCUAUGCCAAUCCAUCGAGCGUGCACUCGACGGCUAAUAAGAGCAACGCGAGCUACAGUUCUAAUGGAAGCCUAAACAGCCUCAGCCCGACUGCCUCUGGCAACUAUGGCAGCCCCCCGCAGGGGGCGGUGGCUCAAUUCACUGGAAUGCCCCCGAACAUGAGUGGUAGUGUGGCACAGCUGCUGGAAAACAUCAAGGCGAUGCUACGGUCCAACGGCUACACAGAGCAGGCCACUGCAGAUAUUGCGUCUGCCAUGGGGACUCUGGCAAGUUACGGCGUCCUCGGGCCGAACCUCGGAGCACUGCUGGCCGGAGUGAACGGGGCACUGCUGGCUCCUCCAAGUGGUGGACAGCUGCAGAUGGGAGGAGGGAACCAGCAGGCGGCUUACCCGGCCUCGCCAAUGGAUGCCACUCCUUCGAUGGUGACCGGAGGGUCGGGCAUCUUCGGCCCGGUCGGCAGCGUCGGGGGCGGUCAACCCAGCACUUUUGGCUCCCCCACUGUGCGCGGGGACCGCUACCACCCGGACGCGGUGUUCGACCCAUUCCGUCGCAACUCGCCCGCCCUGGGGUCUCCUGGCGCCGGUGGGGGCAGCACUCUGCCGAUAAACAACAAUUCCUUCGGGCUGGGCACGGGUCUUGGCGGCGUGUCUCCCCAGAUGUGCAAGACCCCUCCGCCGAGCGGCCCCGAGAAAGCGGCCGUGCCUUCGGACUCCAUCAAGAGGGACUUGGAAGUGGGAGAGAACAUCGUAGGGGCUAUCCUGGGCCCCAGAAGGAAAUCGCUCGUCGAGAUCCAGCGCUUCAGUGGUGCUGCCAUCCAGAUUUCAAAGAAGGGCAUCUUUGCCCCUGGGACACGCAAUCGUAUUGUGAGCAUCACGGGGUCGCCCAAUGCGGUGUCGACUGCACAGUAUCUGAUCGAGCAGCAGAUAGCGGAGGAAGAGGCCAAACGUGCCCAGCAGAAUGCCAUGGGGGUGCUACGUUAGCUCCUUAAGUGUUUACUUUGUGUCGUCAUUGUUGAUGCAGCUAAUGGUUGUUGCCGAUUAAUCCCCAUUUU